CUUUGUUAGAAAAAGGAUGAUCCCCAUCCCUGAGGACCCUUCCAGAUCCAACCGGACGGUCACUGAUAGGAGGUAAAUAGGAUUUUAAUAAGGCCUCUGCAAGUACCAUAGUUGCGCUGGGAGCCAAUUAUGCUAGGCAUAGCGCCUCUGCAAGUACCGGUGUUCAUACUUUGCCGUGUGAGACUUUUUCUUCUUUGCCGCGACGAAAACCAGAGGAUUCCCCGGAGUUCUUCAGCGACUACUUUGGCGAUUUCUUUCUCGAGCUACUUUGUAUCUUGCAAUGGGUGACACACACGAAACUGAUACGAACAUUGAGAUGUGGAAAGUGAAAAACUUGAUAAAGGGAUUGGAAGCUGCUCGAGGCAAUGGAACCAGCAUGAUCUCUCUGAUCAUUCCUCCGCGCGACCAAAUCUCCCGGGUCACCAAGAUGCUUGGAGAUGAGUAUGGAACUGCAUCAAACAUCAAAAGCAGAGUGAACCGCCAAUCUGUUCUGGGCGCGAUUACUUCUGCUCAGCAGAGGCUGAAACUCUACAACAAAGUCCCUCCAAACGGUCUGGUCAUCUACACUGGAACUAUUGUUACAGAUGAUGGGAAGGAGAAGAAAGUCACAUUUGACUUUGAACCUUUCAAACCUAUAAACGCUUCUCUGUACCUUUGUGACAACAGGUUUCACACGGAAGCUCUCAAAGAACUUUUGGAAUCUAAUGACAAGUUUGGGUUCAUUGUCAUGGACGGUAAUGGAACCCUUUUUGGGACAUUGUGUGGCAACACUAGGGAGAUUCUUCACAAGUUUGGAGUUGACCUUCCUAAGAAACACGGGAGAGGAGGUCAAUCAGCUCUUCGCUUUGCGCGUCUGAGAACGGAAAAGCGUCACAACUAUGUGAGAAAGACGGCUGAACUUGCCACCCAAUUCUUCAUUAAUCCUUCAACCAGUCAACCAAACGUUUCUGGACUCGUACUCGCCGGAUCUGCUGACUUCAAGACUGAGCUUAGUCAGACUGAUAUGUUUGAUAUGCGUCUCAAAGCUAAAAUCCUAAAUAUCGUGGAUGUUUCUUAUGGUGGGGAGAGUGGUUUCAACCAGGCAAUUGAGCUGUCUUCUGAGGUAUUGUCCAACGUGAAGUUUAUUCAAGAAAAGAAACUGAUAGGCAAGUACUUUGAGGAGAUCAGUCAGGACACAGGUAAGUAUGUGGUUGGCGUGGAGGAUACGUUGAAAGCACUGGAGAUGGGUGCUAUUGAGACCCUUAUUGUAUGGGAAGAUUUGGAAGUCAUGAGAUAUGUUCUAAAGAACAGCACAACAGGAGAAAUGAUCAUAAAACAUCUCAACAAGGCACAAGACACAGAUCAGAGUAACUUCCGCGAUUCGGAAACCAAUGCUGAUUUGGAGGUUCAAGAUAGGAUGCCUUUGUUGGAGUGGUUUGCUUACGAGUAUAAGCGGUUUGGUUGCUCGUUGGAAUUUGUUUCCAAUAAAUCCCAAGAAGGGUCUCAGUUUUGCAGAGGGUUUGGUGGCAUUGGGGGCAUAUUACGCUACCAGCUCGAUCUUCGAGUUUUUGAUGAGUUGGCUGAUGAUGGUGGAAUUUAUGAGGACUCGGAUUAGCAAUUAGUGGAUCACUACACUGCCGGUGCAGGGAUGAAGGAGCGGGGAUCCUGCACCGCUGCGCGAGGGCUCGCCCCGUUCUAAACCCACUCGUGCAUUUACACGAAACAUUUCUUGAAGCUGCCAAGAAAUGCUAAAGUGGUUUGAAGUAUUUGGAGUGAAGAGAUGCCUGGGGCUUUCUUCUCAAUCUUGUACGAGGGCAUUUUGGGCACACAAUAAACUUCUCAUUCCCAUUUGUCUCCUGAAGGGCAUAUAUCUGGAUUCUGGUAUAGCAGCUCUACAUUUAUACAUACAAUAAGUAGUAUGUUUUCAGUGUUUGGAGGUGUAGAAGGUUUCUGCUCAUCUAAUCACAUCUGAGAAUGUACCUAAUAAUGAUAUACACACAGACACACACACUUCAAGUGUGUCACUACUAUCUAAUAUCUAUCUAUAUAUGCAUUACUACUAGAACCAGUUGAGUUUUACAGUUAUAAUAAUGGUUUAAUAGAACCAUGACAAUGGAUCAUGUGGAGUUGCUUUUAUUGGCUGUUUUGCCUAU